GUUCAGUCAGUGUGUAGCAGACGAUGGCAGCAGAAGGAGGUUUUAAGGAAUUCUGUGGGAAUAGUUCAAUAUUUGUAAGUUGUGUUGCUAAAUUAAUUAGUCAAAAUCAGGACUUUCAGCUGUGGUUUCGUCAGUUCUUAUACUUUUUGGGAUGACAUUUGUGAUUUUUAAAAUCUGUUUUAAAAGUUACAUUAUGUAACACUAGUAACAGUAACAGUACCAACACUAUCAGUCAGUAGGCUGGCGUAGUCUACACGAGACUGCAGUCAGAGGGCAGUAAAGGUGUCUACCUACUACAUUGUACAGUAGUACGUACCACUGUUACAGUUUAACAACUUAAUUUUUUAAAAUGUUUGUAGGAAGGUCUAUUUAACUGUAAUAAUGAAUAAAUGAAUUGUGCGGCUGGCUGCGCAGUCAGCGCGGUAUCGACGCAUUGCCCUUUUCUACUUCUGAUUUUGUUAUUUUUACUUGCAAAGUCUAAGUGAUUUUUACAAGUGAAAGUGUAAUAUUCACAUGUGUUACUAUUGUUACUUGUAUUAUUAAAUUCACCACCCUUUCCACAUUAGGGAGAUUCGCUUAUAUUUAAAACAAAAUAGGUGAAUUAGGUGUGAAAGUAUAGUUUUUUUUUUAAAAAGCUGCUCAUAAAUAUUUCAUAAUAUAAGUAUAGGCUACUUUUACGCUCCACUCUAUAUUUAUUUUAUAUCUUUAGUUCUAUAUUAAUAAUUAAUAUUAUACAAAAUAUUAAGCUUGAGACUAUACAGACCUUCUAUACUAAUAAUACUAUACUAUUACUAUAAUUUAUUGACCUACAUUGUCUCACUCUCCAGAACCAUUGCCAUUGAAAUUGAAUCUUUGAAAUCUUUGUAUAUUUCAUUCAAUCAAAAUUAAGUCAAAGUCAAGUCAUUCAUUAUUGAAAUGCACAUAUCAACUUAUCCUACUCAGUAAUCUAUUACUAUUAUUUCAAUUUCCUAAAGGCCCAUUUUUAAAUUUUGAUUAAAAAAUCCUUUGUUCAUGUCCAUACCCAACAUUUUUAUUAAUUUUAUUUAAAUGAUAAUAUUAGUAUGUAAUUAGGCCCAUAAUAUUCAAUUUUUCAUUUUUGUAUUAUUGUAGUGUGCAUAAUUGGUAGUUAUUUUGUAUUUGCAACUAUGACUUACUUACUUGCACUGAGAUUUUAGCUUGGGUUAGUUGGCUACAACUAGUACAUGUAAAAACACAGGAUUUUACUUUGAAACAAUUAAUUUCAUUUUGAAAUGGUGAAAGUUUAUUAUAAGUAGUUAAUUGGACACUUUUCAGGUCUAUAAAUUUAUAUAUAAAUAGUUACCCUACAUGCCCUAAACCCUACUGGAGGUUAACACUAUGCGUCUUUAUAAAAGAAUAAUAAUGUAAAUAAUUAGGCCUAGUUCUGUUUUCAUGUCAGGCUUUAAGUUAAGGUAUAAGUUCACUUAGUUUAUUUAAGUAGGCCAACAGUGUGCACAUUGAAUAAAUGAUUUUAUGUUAUUGUUAAGAGUGGCUUUGGUUAUAAAUACUAGAACAUAAUGUUUUAAAUAAACAGGAUAUAAUUGUAUAUAUUUAUAAUAAAUGUAUUUACAGUAAAGAAUAGAUGAAUGCAUUAUCAGUACUUCAUGUUUUGAGCAUUAUAAAUGGCUUGAAAAAGAAGAAGAUUACAUCUGAAGGCUCUGAAUAUUGAGUAAUUUGACCGGACUUCACCGGACCAUUAUCACAGGGAGUUUGGUGUACCAUAUUAAGAAGAUUGACUCUGAAGGCUCUGAAUUUUGAGAAAUUUGACCGGACCAUUAUCUCAGGGAGGUUGGUGUAUUAUGGAAACGCAAUCACCAGCUCUUUUGGGGAAAUCUUAAAAAGUUAUUCAGGUCUACGAUGAAACACUGAAACCAUUGCAUCAUAAUCAUGAAACCCUUAAACCAUUGUAUCAUCAUCAUGAAACCCUUAAACCAUUGUAUCAUAAUCAUGAAACCUUUAAACCAUUGUAACCUAAUCAUGAAACCCUUAAACCAUUGCAUCAUAAUCAUGAAACGCUUAAACCAUUGCAUCAUGAUCAUGAAACCCUUAAACCAUUGCAUCAUGAUCAUGAAACCCUUAAACCAUUGUAUCAUAAUCAUGAAUCCCUAAAACCAUUGCAUCAUAAUCUGGAACCCUUAAACCAUUGCAUAAUGAUCAUGAAACCUUUAAACCAUUGUAUCAUAAUCAUGAAACCCUUUUAAACUAUUGUGUCAUGAUCAUGAAACCCUUAAACCAUCGAAGUGGUUAUGCGCAGCCGACUGCAUAUAACCCUGAGAGUUAUACGCAGUCGGCAAGUCACGUGAGGUCUAUAUUCUUCCUGUGUUACAGUAUCUAUCGAUAAAGAUGCUUUGUUAUGAGGGUGACUACGUGGUCGAAUGGUAUAAACUGAGCAACUCUCAGGUUGGAGGACUUGAGUUCAAUUCCAACCAAAGGCCAGCCAUGAAUAUGUGUUAGUUGUUAUGAUUGUUCUCGAGAAUGAAGCAAAAACAGCUAGGCUAAUUGUUUUAUUUUGUUUUGCCUAAAAAAUGUUAAAACAUGAUAAGAAUUAUUAACUUGACCAAUGUAAUGUUAAUAAUGUUAUUAUUAUAUUUAUCAAAUAUAUGUUUGAGUUGUUAACAUAUGUUUUGUGUUGUUAACUAAUUUUGUGGCAGAUAAAAUCAUGUUUCUCUGGCACAGUAAUAAAUAUAAUCAGGGGUGGAGAGUUGCAUUGAAAAAUAGCUGUAGGGGCAGGGGUUCUUUAGAGGGGGCACUUAAAGUAAUACUUUCACACAGUUAUAGUUUUGCAUGGAAGCUGAAAACGGUUACAUUUAGGUCAACAACAAAAAACAAAAAAAAAAUAUAAAUAAUAUAAUUUAAAAAAAAAUAAAUAGAAUGUUUUCCUGAAUUAGUCAGUAAAACCAACUACAUGGUCAUAGCAACAUAUAAAAACCUAAUCAAUCAGAAUACAGAACUAGACUUAGACCAUGGAAAUGCCUUUUAAAAAAUCUUCUUCUUAAGAAAUGUAGACUUUGAUUUAGACUUAUAAUUAUAAUAUAUAAGAUACAAGCAAUAAUACUAAUAAUAAUACUAAUACUAUUACUAUCAUUCAAUAUUAAUUAAAAUUAAUUCAAUUAAAAUAUUACGUUAAACACAUUAAAAGUUAUAGUUCAAAACAACCCAUCAUGCGGCUAAUUACGCAUAAUACUUUUUUUAAAUUGCCAAACUAGCGGUAAUAAACCUUAUUUGGCUAAAUUCCCAGCCGACUGCGUAUAACGCUUCCCUUAAACCAUUGUAUCAUAAUCAUGAAACCCUUAAACCUUUGUAUUAUCAACAUGAAACCUUUAAACCAUUGUACCAUAAUCAUGAAACCCUUAAACCAUUGUAUCAUAAUCAUGCUCAGUUUACUCUUUUAUUUUUAUAUCAUCUCUUCCACCUCUCAUCCCCUCCACCAAAAAAACAACAAACCCUUCAUAAACCAUAUACCAAUCCUACAUCUCAACCCUAUAUACCAGCCCUGCACCUUACCCCCCCCCCCUAACCUUCACAUAAGCCCAAAACCAACCCCACACCUUAAACCCCUAACAACCCUUCACCUCAACCUAAAAACACCUCAAACCCACCCCUCCACCAAAAAAACAACAAACCCUUCAUAAACCAUAUACCCAUCCUACAUCUCACCCCUAUAUACCAGCCCUGCACCUUACCCCCCCCCCCUAACCUUCACAUAAGCCCAAAACCAACCCUACACCUUAAACCCCUAACAACCCUUCACCUCAACCUAAAUACACCUCAAACCCCUCCAAACUCUACACCUCAAUCCCCUCCUAAUUCUGUGCCUCAAACCCUCACCAACCUUGCACCUCAGACAUCUGCCAACCCUGCACCUCAACCCUGUACAUCAACCCCCAUACCAACCCUGCAUGGCAGACUCCACUUACAUUAUUUAAACUCCAGUUUAGCACCUGUUUACUUUAUCUUACUUGAGUCUUCAUAACCCUGGUGUUGAUGGAUUAAGAGUUUAAGAUAUGGUUUGGAGUACACUCUGUAGACCAUUGGGAUGCUAAUUCAAAGGGUUAUCAGGCUUGAGUUUGGGAGGGGUACUGGAUGAUUAACAAUAAGUUAAGGCCUAGGUGAACUGUCCUCAGACACCAGAGCCCUAACCAUCAGAGUCAGAUUAAGGGUGGGGUACUCUUGAGCAUAUACACUCCAUACAAACUGAUAAUUUUUCAGCUUAUAUUAUAUUUUCUCAAUUCCAAUUUGUUAUUGGUGUCCUAUGUUUUGUCCCUUCCCUUUCUAUAGUAGGCCUAAUUAUAAUAAUAUGAAUAAACUAUUGGUCCUGGCUCAUGACUUUUGAUUUUCUGAACUUUCAGAGGGAAAGUGAUUGUAUCAACUUCAUUCACAUAGAAAUGUGUUACAGCAAAUAGGUUGCAGCUUUUGGUACCUAUAUGUGCUUUGAUUGCAGGGAGGUGGCUUCUAACAAUUAUGUCCCUAAGACUCUUGUCCCUCUAGAAAGCUAAAAGGAGAGGUUUUUUUCUUCGAAAAUCUGAUUAGGGAAAGGGUUUGCCAUACUGAUGGAUCUUUAAGAACUAGGUAACGAGUCAUAAAUAAACUUGCUGGGAAGGAGAGAUGUUAUGAAUUUAUCUCAUUGUUUUAUAUCAGACACUGAUUUGAAUUAUAUGAUGUGCUAUACACAACUAAAUUUCCUGAUUAUUUUCAUGUGGUUAUUAUGAACAGUCAUUCUUCACUCUACCAUUUUAUUAAUCCUUGUUGUUUUUAAUAAGCAGUGAAUUUAAAAAAAAUCUUAAUUCAGCUAAUAAAAUUUAAAUGUUCAUCAACACAUUUUUUAGAGGAUUUUCAUGUCCUUAUCCCUACAUUUAUUUGCCAAGUACCACCUAGUGAAUGUGUUAGCAUCAUUUUACUGUACGCUGUUGCCACUAUUUUUUUCUUACCAUGUGGUAGUGACUCGGCAAAAUGUACACUUUGCAAACUAUGAGUCCAUAUUUACAAAGCCAGUGCAGCAAACAAAGUCCCUGCUUAUAAAAAAUAAAGUAACACAUGUUCCUGGAAUGGAUAGAUGACUUAUUACUUUAUUAUUUUCAAUAAGUAUUUAUUUAAAUAAGUAUUUAUAUAUCUUCAGAUUAUUUUUUCAAAUUCCUUAAGAUCAUUUUCAUGGUUGGGUGUACACACCGUUUGGCAUACCUUUUUAUAUUUCAUUUACGCAACAUAAUGAAUAAUGUCACUGACAUUUCUAUAACUGUAACAAACCAGUGUUCCAGACUUUAAAAAGUGGGUUAAAGAAUGGUGUUAUAUGACUUGUACUAUGGAUUGACCUUUUUUUUUUAUUUCUAGGUCAUCUGACAUGGUUGACAAAUCACUGCUUAGAAAAUGCUUAUUCACUGACCUUAUUUCACUCCUUGUGUAUAGCUGGUUUCUAAGGAUUACAAGGCAUACAUUAUUCUAUUCUACUAUAAGCAGCCACACUUAGAUAUAGUUUAUCGAAAGCCCUUUAGAAACUUGGUGUUAUGUUAUCUUUGACCUGUGGCUUCAUAUUUCAAGAAAUGAAAACAAGUUAGGCUACUAACUGCAGCAUUUAAAAUGUUUCCUUUUAAAGAUGACCAGUGUCUACUAAUUGAACUUCUGACUUGGUAAUGAUUUUAAAUGGCCCUCAAGAUUGAUGAAUAAUUUUUCGAACUCAUUUCAAAAUGUUUCCAUCCAAAUCUCCUUAACUAAUAUUCCUUAACCCAGCAUAUUUUUAAAAAGGCUUACAGCAUAAAAUAUGUUAUCAGUAAUGUCAAUUCUUAAUUGGGAUGAUUUUUUUUUAUCACUUUUUAAUUUGUUGCUAUCUGAUAUUUCAUUGAUUGGUAAAUGUGAUGUCAUCAUCUGUAGCAAUCCUUUCAUUUUUAGUCAAUUGGUUGUUGUUUUUUUUAAUGUGUUUAUAAAAAUUUGCCUUAAUUUCAAAUGAUUUAAAGUGCUGAAUUACAUUUACCAAAAAAUAACCCCCACUUACGGUACUGUCACAAUAGAGAAAACUUCUUUAAACUCAUACAAUUAAAUAAGCAAAGCAUUUCUGUAAAUUGUAAAAUAUUGACAUUUCUUUAGCUACAGCCCUUGAACUGUUCAAGGAUAGGGCACUUAAGAAUCAUGAAAUUUAAAACAUCUUCAGCUACGUCUUUGCCAGCAUUGCACUUCAACCAUGCUGGAAAUCUAUUUCAUUACUUUUGUAACCAUUCACAUCUCACUUACUUUUAAGGGAUAUAACCUCUUGUGAUAUUUUAUGCUAAAACUAAUAUCAUAUACUGAUGUAACUGUGAUGUAACAUAAAGUAAAUUUGUUUGAAUUUUUUUCAUGAGGCACAAAAACUGACAAUUUUACAGACUGAAAAGAUACAUAUUUUAGUGUUUUUCUAUCAAAACUUUUUAUGUAAAAAAUUUUUUUUUAGAAAUUUUCUUUUUUUAAAACUUUAUAGACUAUAUAAGUAUAUAUGUAGUUUAAAACUAGUGAAGGUAAAUAACUUGAACAAAAUUAACAUCAGUGCUAAGAAUCGUUGUUGAUUUAUGAGAUUCUGUAUUAAAUACAAAUUAAUUCCAAAAUACUGCUUGUUUGAAGACAGUCACUUAUGAUGAAGAUUCACUCACACCCCUUCCCUAUAUUUUAUUAUGAUAAUUCAUGGUUGCAUAGCAGUACCAUUGAUAAUAUUAGCUGCACUAGGCCUACUAACUUCUUCACACAAAACUUCACAUCAGAACAAAUGUUAGAAAAGUUUAUAGAGAACAUGUCAUUAAACUGGAUCACAAAAAUCAAUCACUAAUCGAUUUCCAGAUAUGAGUGUUGAUAAAAGAAGUUAAUGAUACAGUGGGUUGUUACAGCUAACAUUCCAGUGAGCUUAAACAGUUCCCAGAUCUGAUACUGAACUUAUCAAAGUUUUUGAGUAGAAAUGCUAUUACUUAAUUCUUUCUUAUCUGGCAUUUAAAUCUUUGUUCAAAUAUGGAAUUUGAAAUAAUAUUAAGUCAAUGAACAAUUAGUUCCAUGAAUUGUUUAAAAUACUGGGAACAAAAAACAACCUUUCAUUUUAUUCAAAUUAUAUUUACAUAUUGAAAUAAAAAAUGAAUGAAUUGUGUCUUUAUUUUUAUGGUAUAAUACCAAUAUAAUGUGAUUGGUAAAAAGGUAUUGGUGUUGCAUCAUAGCUGCUAAACAUGCAGAGCAAGUAGCUAAGUGCAUUUUAAGCUCUGAUAAUCAGACAUUUUAAUUGGUAUCAACCAUAUCCAUAAGUCUUAAAUAUGGCAUUUCAUUAGGCCAGUGGUUCUAAACCUUCCUAAUGCCUCAACCCUUCAUUACAGUUCCUCAGGUUGUGAUAAACCCCAGCCGUAAAAUUAUUUUCGUUACUACUUCAUAAAUAUAUGUUUUCCGAUGGUCUUAGGUGACCCCUGUGUAUGGGUCAAAGGGGUGGCAUCCCACAGGUUGAGAACCGCUACAUUAGGCGUAUCAAGAUAAAUUCAUUAUAAAUGAUUUACUUCAUCACCCCAUUUGUUGUGAGUCUAGCGGGGAUCAUAUCUGCCAUAUGCUGCAUGGUGGUGCUGACCCCAAGUCUAAAAGUUGACAUCAAUAUCAAUUUGUGCAUAAUCUUAAAUAAUUCAUAUUUUAAAAUUUUGCUGAAACUUAAAAUGUUGAAUGCAUUAAAGGAGACAUUAAGACAAAACCCAAGUCUUAUUUUGACAUUAAGUUUAAGAAAUAACUAAACACCUGUCAAUAAAUCUGUUUCAGUCAACUCAAUCCUGUUAAAAAUCCUCAAUAAGAUAAAAACUUAUUUAGAUUGCUAUUUUAUCUAUGGUUUUUAGUUUUAUUUACUAUAAUACAAAUAUGACAUAUUUUGUUAGUACAAUUAAUUAACUUGAUUAAUUGUUUUCUUUCACAAAAUAAUAUAUAGAAUCUGAUCUGGGUUGAAGGCAUAGAUGACAAAUGUCAGUUUAUUGCCAUAGGCUGAUCUCUUAGGUUUUUUUUUUUAAAACUUUGGGACUUGUGUUUAUUGACUAAUAUAACAUUUUUUUUUAUUUUCAGUCUUUUUACUUGCAUUUUCCAGUUAUUUUUUAUUAUUCACCCUCUUUAUUUUUCACUCAGGAUCUUGACCUUCUUCUCAAUAACACCUGGCCAGAGUUCACACCAUGUUUUCAGAACAGUCUGAUAGUCUGGGUGCCAUGUGGGUUUGUGUGGCUGAUCCUCCCAGUUUAUCUCAUUUACCUCUUCAAUUAUGCAGAUGGGAUCAGGCUACAGGCCAACAAGCUCAAUGUAUCCAAAAUGGUAAAAAUAAAACCAGCUUACAGAAUUUAAAAUGUAUAAUUUUACCUUCUACUUAUAUGUAAUAUGUAUAGGAUUGUUAUUUUUUUUUCAUAUUUGAUCCUGUUUCUUUAAGUAGAGGUGCUGACCCCUUGUCUAUAAGUGAGAUCAAUAUAACUUCAUACAUAAAUUCGAAUGUAUCCAUUUUUCAAACUUUAUUUAAACUUUAUAUUGCCUUAGAGUUUUAAGAUUUGCUCUUGACUAGACAAAAAGUAAUUUCACUUUCAAAAUAUUUUAAUUUGUAUGAAACAUUUGUUCAAUAUUCUCCAGAUUAUCAGUUUCCUGUUGUGUGUGAUAGCUGUGAUUGACACAAUUAAGGCAGAGCCAGACUCUCGUAAUCUCUCAGACAAAAUUCCAGAUGUUGUCUAUUUGUCAGGUGGCAUCAAGGCAGCUACUUAUGUAAGCGUUGCUGUUUUGUCAUUCAAAGAUAAUUGUGUUGGCAAAACUCACCAUUUUAUAAAACCUCCUCCAUUGCACACACAAAAUAAAAUUAAUAAAUUAGAAAUCAUUUAUUAUUUAAUCUAGUUUUAACCUCACUGACUCUAGUAACGGGCAAAUGAUGUCAAAUACUUUCACAAUUUUUGUUUGACUAAUGGACGCUAGUUACUUAUCAGAACUGCUGGCUGCAGAAUAAUUUUAAUUUAAUUAGUUAUUUAUUUAAGAACUAUCACUGUAAGAAAAAUAAAUUUGUAAAAAAUAUUAAUUUCUUGUGGGGAUGGGUUUAGAAAUAAAAUUACAUUUUUUCAGAUGCUGUCUGUCAUUUUCAUGCACAUUGAAAGAGUUAAGGGAAUUAUUACAUCUGGAGUGUUGUGGUUGUUUUGGACGUUGACCCUUUUGGGAAAUAUAAUACCAUUUUAUACUAAAAUAUAUCUUAAGGUAAGCACUUGUAAAAAGCAGCUUUAAUAUUUGAAUGCAUAAUUUUAAAAGAAAGAUUAACAUGUUCGAAGUCUUUAAAUUGUAUUCAAUUUAAUACAUUUAAAGAUCUGAAAUUAACCUGUGAAAAAAAAUAUUUUGGUCCACUUUUUGUUAUAUAAACCUAAAUUGUUAUAGAAUGCAAUAUUAUAAAUUCUGCUUUUAAAAGUAUCUUUAAGUACCCAUUUAUUAUUACUUUGAUUUAGUUAUCUAGUUAGAAGCAGUGAAUUCUAUAUUAAUUUAAGCAUUAUUUUUUUUAUAUCUUUAUUUCCAGGAUUAUGACAAACAUCUUUUCUCAUUUGUCCUUUUCUACAUCUACUACACAUUGUUGCUGCUGCAGUUUGUACUGUCUAGUUUUGCUGAGAGAAUGUCCCGUCGUGGUUACCUCUACUUGGGGGAGGUAAUGUUAUUUGAAAUAGUGUGAUGGAGCUUUGCACUAAACAAAUGAAAAUGAUUUUGUCACAGGAAGUAUGGGAAAAACUGAAAAAAGGAUGCAACAAAACAACAUACACAUCGACAAGAAGCCUUCUUCAGCAAAAAAAACAGUGAAAGCAAUAUAAAUUUUUUUAAAAAAUCACUUAGCUGCAAUUUUGUAUCUGGAGGAAAACAAGAGGAAUUUUGCAGUCUUCUUUGAAUUCGCUGUCCUCUCAGAUACUACAUUGUGGCUAAGAGUUUUUCUUUUUAAUUUUAUAUUGUUUUUACUGUUGUUUGUUCACUGAAGAAUGUUUUGUGCCAACACAUUAGUUGUUUUUUUUUUCGUCUCUUUUUUUUCAGGUUUGCCCAUACUUUGUUUCACUCAUUUCCUUUUAUCUAACCUGAUUGCAGUGUCUCCCCCUCUUUACCUAUAGCUAACAGCAUUUAUUCCCAUUGCUUGUAUUUAAAUAUAAUUUGAAAUACAGUUUGCAUCAAUCAUAGAUCAAUAUUAGCAAGAUAUAUUUUGAAUUUUUUGUUUUUUAAAUGGCGGUCAUCCUAAACCUUUAUCUCUUAAAGUUAUCGAAUAAAUAUCAAUUUGAAAUUGUGAAAAUUAACAUAAAUUAAAUUUUUGUCUUCUCAUCUAAUUAUUUUCAGAAGCCAUCUCCUGAGGUGUCAGCUUCUUUCCCUAAUAGAUUGACAUUUUGGUGGAUGAACGGGUAUGUCUUUUUAAAUAUUAAAGCAGUGGUCGGCAAACUCGUUAUUCAAAAGAGCCAAAAAUCAGCAGGACAAUUAAAAUUAAUUUGAGAUUCAAAUUUCUUUUCAAGAACCUGUCAAUAAUCAUGUUUUUGGAGUCAAAACUGAUUUGUGGCGAACUGGCAGAGCCGUACUCAGGUCGCUAUAGCGCCGCAUGUGGGCCCGACCACUGUAUUAAAGAAACAAAACAAAAGUGACCAUGUCAAUUUUAUGAUAUUGUACUCCAGAAUCAAAAAUUUCUUUGAAAGAAAAAUGUAUGGAUCAAAAAAAUUGAAUUGACCUUUAAAUUGUUUAAUGUUUGUUUUGUUUUCCCAGUCUUGUUUUCCGAGCUUACCGUAAAGGUCUGAAAGAAGAUGAUCUGUUUGAGCUUCAUCCAAGAGAUAAAGGGGAGAGGAUAGUGCCUCAGUUUGAGAAGGCUUGGCAGGCAGAGCUCACUGCUGCCAGGAUAAAGAAGAAGUAAUUUUUUUAAAAUAUUAUGACUGCACACUGAAAACAUUUGUUUAGGAAAUAUUUACCCUUUAAUUAAGGGCUGAUCAUAUACUUAAGAUUAUUUAACUGUUUCAACAUGUUAUAAUAAUGAUAAAGCAAAAGUUUAAUUUGUUGACCAAAUCUACAUUUUCACAUUCGCAACUGAAUAUUUUUCAUUAUCAAUUAGAUAUAGAUCAUUAGCACAUGUCACAAUUAAGUAUUUUAAUAAUUUUUUUUAGUUAUUAAAAUUAAACUUAUUAAACUUUCAUCUUCUAUGUUUGAUAUUAUUGAAAGAGAAAAGAUCAUAGCAAAACUUAAACGUAUGUUUUUCAAAGUUGUCAGUGUAUAUUAUUAGAAUCACAAAUGAUUCAUAUUAUCCCUGAAAUCCAAAACCAAUAUUUUUUUUAAUUAAAAAUUCCACAUUGUUUAUUUCAACCAGACAACAGGAUGAAAAGCAAAGAGUAGAAAACGGUUAUGCAUCAUUUUAUCGCAGUGGCAGAGACCAUGAUGUCAAGAUUGAGACACAUGAAAAAACACCACUCAUGAGCAAUGGGGGCACUUCCACAUCAUCUGCUAAAGAUAAGAAGGCGGAAAAUAAAGAUUUGCUGCCAGCUUCUCUGUUGAAGGUUUAUUUUUAUUUUAAAAAUAUAUAAAAAUUUUAAAACACUUUUUUUUUAAAGCCUACUCAGAGAAGAUUAUUAUCAAUGUACCUGAAAUGCCAGUGAAAUUUUAAUUUCUGUUACCUGGUUGCUGAUAAAUAAGCCUUAAUUGGGUGUAAGGAUGGAUUUAUACCUGGUUGCUGAUAAAUAAGCCUUAAUUGGGUGUAAGGAUGGAUUUAGUAUAUGCCUUUAAAUUAAAUUAAAAAAUAUAUCUGCAAUUUCUUUCUUAUAUGAAUAGGUUGUAGAAUAUUAACAUGCUUAAAAGAUUAAAUCAGUUGAGGAAAAGAAUAAAGAAAUAAUUGACCUACGUUGCAAUUUUAAAAAGAACUAAUUAUAAAAAGUGUUCAAACAAACAAAUUGUGUCAAUAUAACAACAUUAGUUAUUAAAGCGUAAUAUACAAUAAUUAUACAUUACACACAAGUAAACAUUUCGGCAUAUGCCUUCAUCAGUUCAUUGUGAGACAGUUGACUAAAAAUAUAAAAAAUAUAUUACCCUUUGUACUCCUGUUAAUAUAUUUUAUUUGAAAAUAACCAGGUAUUGGCUAAAACAUAUGGUCUUGAUCUACUUAUGGCACAUUUCAACAAGUUUGUCUAUGAUCUGCUGCAGUUUGUCAGUCCUUUGUUGUUAGGGUAAGUUCUUAACAUUCAUGUUGGGUAAAAAAUGAGGAUAAGUUGGUCACAUUAAAUAAAUAGAUAAUUAUUAUUCUCAUUUGAACAGUUUAUGUUUAAAUGCUAAAUUUUAAUACUAAUAUCCAUAUUAAUAUAGUCUUUAAAAGUUUUUAUUAUUUUUGUUAGGUUUGAAUUCUUAAUUAUUAUUUUUUUCUAUUUUUUUAACCCAUAUUUUUUAAAUUCUUUCUAAAUUAACAAGUAGUUGAGUAAUUACAAUUUGCUGACUGUUUCCAACAGUGUCCUGAUAGACUACACCCAGAGCAAGAAAGCAAGCAAAGAGCAGCACCAGGAAUGGAAGGGAUAUGUUUAUGCCUCAUCUUUUUUUGUAGUGUCCAUGCUUGGUUCCAUCAUGUUUAAUCAGAACUUUCAUAUCGGCAUGACCUUGGGAAUGAGGAUCAAGGCAGCCCUGAUUGCUGCUGUAUAUAAGAAAGUGAGAUGUAAUGUAGAUUUGUUAAAAUAUGUUUUUUUUUUCAAAUAAUGGCUAAAAGAAUAAUGGGAAUAAAAGAUUAUUCAUCUGGAGAUAAAUAUAGAUUAGAACGUUUGUUUUUCAAAUUGUUGUCACAACAUUGUACACAUUAUAAAAAUACUGUUCACAAAAAUGGCUUCAUAUUUAAUGUAUGUUUAACUUCAGGUAUUCCCUUUAAAGGACUUUCUUUAAAAAAAUGCUACCGAAUUAUGGUGGAAAUAUAAAUAAAACAAAUUCACUUUUGAGCUCAGGCUAGACAACAAUGUGGCAUUCAUUUGGAGAGGUGCUCAUCUAUUUUAACAGCCUGAAUUUUUUAUGUCCCAGAGUCUCACAAUCAGCAAUGAAGCUAAGAAAGAAACAACAGUUGGAGAAAUUGUAAACCUCAUGUCAGUUGAUUGUCAGAGGAUGCAAGAUGUCACUGGAUACCUCUGGAUGUUGUGGUCAGCACCUUUACAGGUACAAUUCAUAGAUUUCAAUCACAACAUAUAUAAAAUACAUUAGAUAUUGAAACACAUAAACGGGCAAAAAUAAACAGUGAAUAUGAGUGUUGGGAAUAUGAAUUCAUUUAAAAUCCACAAUGUCAAGAAUUUAAAAAAAAAACUCAAUUAAAGACUGGAAGGUAUGUAAAGUUUACAUUUAUCUAAAAUACUUUCAAAAAAUGUCUAAGAAUGAGGGUUACUUAUAAUUAAAGUACGCAUUGUUAAUUUUUAUCAGUUUUUUUUUAUUAUAAGAAGUCAUUUUAAUUUACUUGCUAACAUUUCCGGUGACCAGCGAUAUAGUAAGCACUUUUAAAUAACAAAUGCUCAUCACUAUGUUUUUUUCUUUUAUUUUACAUUCAAUAUACAUAAAUCUCAUGCCUAGAUCACACUAGCUCUCUACAUGUUGUGGGAUGUGAUGGGUGCGGCCACGUUGGCCGGCCUGGGCGUGAUGAUCCUCUUGAUGCCAGUCAAUGGUUUCAUUGCCAUGAAGCAGAGGAAGUAUCAGAUCAGCCAGAUGAAGUUCAGGGACCAGAGGAUCAAACUCAUGAGUGAGGUGCUCAGUGGCAUUAAGGUAGGAGUGUUUUUUUUAUACAUUUAAGGGAUUUAUAAAAGGUACAAGUAAGGAAUAGUUCUAUUAAAGACAGACAAAGGCUUUCAGGUGGAAAAAUGCUGGCAUUUGUUUUUUCUUAAUGAAAGCUUAAGACUAUUUUAUGUUAUUUGUAAUCAGUGCUGUAAGGCAAAUUAUAAAAUGCUAUACCUUGUGUGGUUUUUUCCUUUUCAUAAAUCCAAUCUUGAUUAAUUCAUUAUCUUGUUUUGUGAAUUAUUAUUAAUGCGUGUUUAUUGUUAUCACUGUAAUUAAUCUAAGAACAAUAAUAUAUGAUUACUUGUUACUUUUUAUGGCUUUGAAAUUUCAUGUUGUUGACAUUAUUUUAGGUACUCAAACUGUAUGCAUGGGAACCAUCAUUUCAAGUCAAAGUUGAAGAAAUCAGACAAAAAGAAUUAGAUUUACUCAAGAAAACAGCUUAUCUCAAUGCAUUCUCUACAUUUUGCUGGACAUGUGCCCCUUUUAUGGUUCGUUAAAUAAAAAUUUAACACUUUAAAUUUUACAUUUCACAGAUAACAAUGUGUGUGAUGAAUUCAAUCUUGUACAAUUAAAUAUCUAUUGAACUUUCAAAUGUUGGAUUCUUCAAACUCCAAUUAUAAAAACAAACCUCACUAUGUCCUAAUGCUUUUUUAACUGUAACAUAAACAUUAUAAUACCUUAAGAAUGAGAUUUUAACUUUCACGAAUCUACAAAAAUAUAAUAAUGAUUUUUUUUUUUUUUGGUGUUUUUUUUCCAACAGGUUACGUUAGCCACAUUUGCCACCUAUGUCUUGGUGUCUGAUUCCCACUAUUUGGAUGCCACCAAAGCUUUUGUGGCACUUUCCUUGUUCAACAUUUUGAGAUUCCCCAUCAACUUACUGCCAAUGAUGGUUUCAUUCAUAGUUCAGGUAAGGAUGGUUUCAUCCAAUGAUUCUCAAAAAUUUGAGUUACAAUUCAAAGAGAAACAAAAAUGCAGAGUAAAUAUGGAGUUAUUAUAAGUAUACCUUUUUUUUUUUUUUUUUUUUUUUUGUUUUUUUGGAUCUUUGAAUACCAUAGAUUUAAUUUUUAAGAAAAGGGAACUUAAAUAAUUCAAUACAUUAUUAUCAGAAGUUUACGAAAUAUAGUGUACAUUAGAAGCAAUAUUAUAUAUUAUAUAUAUUAUAAUAUAUUAUAAUAAAUUAUAUAAUAAUAUAUUACAUUAUAAGGAAGUAAUAAAUUACUUUUAAAAAUUAGGUGAUAUCUGUUCUCAUUAUUUUAUCUCCAUAACAUUUUUUCUGUUGAUUUAUUUGAUUUUAACAAAGGUAGUGAGUAUUUUUGGCUUAUAAUGGGAGGGCAAAAAAAAAACUUUAUUAUAAUUAGCCUUUUUAGAUUUUUUACUUCAUGUUAUUGAAGACUGUUUUUUUUUUUUUGAAAUCUCUCCAUCAGGCAAUGGUUUCUUUGAAACGUAUUGGUAAAUUUCUAAGACAGGAAGAUUUGGACUCUGAUAGUGUUCAAUUUAACCCCAAUGUCAGUAAGUAUCCACUAUUGAUUUGGGUACAAAUUUCUAUAAAAUAUUUCACCAUUGCAAAAUUUGGAAUUAAAAAUUUUAAAGACAAGAUAUAAUAAAUAAAUAGUGUACAUGCAGUUUUAUUUAGUUGAGGUUCAAUGUUUCUGUAAUAUUUUAAUAGUUGUAUGUUAAGCCAAUUGAAUUUUUAGCUCUUUCUUUAUGCAAAUAUCAUAUUCUGUUUUUAAAAAACUCCAUACUUUCCACACAAAAAUUGGAUCUAGCUCCUAUUCCUAAAAAUCUUUAAAUUUCAAGCUAACUCUAUGAACUAGACUGAGAUUACGCACACAGGCUUUUAUGUUUUAACAAUUAUUGUACUUGAAAUUUUGUAAUACUUCAAUUUCAUUACAUAAAAAUAUUGAAAAAAAACGUAAGAAUUUUACAUCCUUUUGCCAACUCUGAUAGAGAUUCUGAGAUAUCAGUUUUUUUUAUUUUUUAAAAUAAGCCUAUGCUCAAAUUUAAUAUUUUAAAUAAAGCUAAAUUUUGAAGUUUUAUCUAUUUCAGAUUCUGCAGUUAAAAUCAAUAAAGGAGUCUUUACAUGGGAUAAAUCACAUGUCACCCCAACUCUUGCUAAGUAGGUCAAGUAAUACAUUAAUGUACAAAUGAACAAUGUUGUUUGCAGAAUAAUAUAAUAAGUACAUAGUUAUUUGUUUUUUAGACAUGAAAUUUAAGUUCAUGAAGAUGAGGUCAUAAAUUGCUUUUGUUUGGUAAUGUUGUGAGCAUUUAAGAAUAUUUGAGUCUCAUUUUUUUUAAAGCAUUAACCUUGACAUUCCUGUGGGCCAAUUGAUUGCCAUUGUUGGCCAGGUUGGCUCAGGCAAAUCCUCUCUCAUAUCGGCAAUGUUGGGUGAGAUGGAAAAACUUCAAGGGGAGGUCACAAUAAAGGUAGAUUUUUAAGACUUAUUCAGAUUAGCACCAAUGAAAAUGUAUUUACAAUUUAAAGCUGUUCAAAUUCUUUCCUUUUUAUUUCACAUGAAAUAAACAAACAUUUUGAAAAGUGAAUUAUUGCACACUUACAUUUUUUGAAAUAAUAAAGUCUAUGGGCUUUUCUUCUUAGCCUAAAUAAAUAGCAUUGUAGAAUAAUAAAUAUGUUGAAUAAAAAAACAUAUCAACAAUUGAUAUAUUAUAAAAAAACUUUUGUUAAUUCUUAUUUUGCCCCAUGAUCAACUAUUUUCAGUCAAGCAUAGCCUACGUGCCUCAACAAGCUUGGAUCCAGAAUGCAACUCUGAAAAGCAACAUCCUGUUUGGAAAAGAGGAAGAUCACACGACAUAUGAUCAUGUGUUGGAGGCCUGUGCUCUUAAACCAGACCUUGAAAUCCUACCUGGUGGAGAUUUGACUGAAAUAGGAGAAAAGGUAUUUGAUGUUUAUUUGUUUAUUACCUUUCAAAUAGCAUCAUAUUGUUUGUGAACUAUCUCAUGGCUAUUGGGCAAGUUUUAAAUAAAAUGAUCUUAUAACUUAACUUGAGUUUGUUACCAUUAAAGAAUUUAACAGCAAUUUUGAAAUUUAAAUCCUUUUUUUUUUUGACUUCUUGUACUUCUUGUAACCUUACAAUAGGAAAUAUAAUAUCUAAAUAAUGAGAUUUUUUUUCUUGCUCUUUUGCUUAUUAUAAACUGUUAAGUUAAUAAUAAAAAUGAACCAGUUUUUAUAUAUUUUGAAUUAUUUUAAAUUUAUUAUUGUCCUUCAAAAUUAUUAUUUUUUCUAUAACAGUUAUGUACACGCACUUCAGCUGUUGAAAAUGAAAUUUUAAAAAAUUGACAAAAUAACUAAAUUUAAAGCUGUUAAGGAUGACAAAAAGAUCAUUUCAAAGCAAAAUGUAGUCUAAUCUUUUUCUUUUUCUCUGUCCCAAUUGUUUAGGGGAUUAAUUUAAGUGGCGGCCAAAAGCAGCGAGUGUCCAUGGCUAGAGCGGUUUACAAUGAUGCAGAUAUCUAUCUGUUGGAUGACCCUCUGAGUGCAGUGGACUCACAUGUUGGGAAGCAUAUCUUUGAACAGGUUAUUUCAUCAGACAAAGGAUUACUGAAGGGAAAGGUAACUAUGAUUAUAAGGUGAACCGAUUAUAAUUAUACCUUUUUGUGACAAUGUUUUACAGUAAACAUUUUCCUAACAUCGGUCCAAAACAGUGGCUCUCAAAACAUCAGUGAGUUGGCUAGUGGCUCAUACCUUAGCUGAACAGGCGAGGAAGUAGAAUGGAAAGAAGUACCAUAAAUACGGAUGCUGAAAAUUGAUGAGACGGAGAGGCUAAUUCAUCUUACUUGGGGCAUUUUUUUGAUUUAUCAAUCCUUCAUACGAUCUUACUUGAGUGCCCAAAAUCUAUAAAAUAUUUUGUCAUUCAUUUGUUACAUUAAUAGGUGGAGGCUACAUUGGAAUAGGAACUGUUAGUUUAUUUAAAUUUAACAAUUAAAUAUUAUUAAUAUAUAUACAUUGGAAUAGGAACUGUUAGUUUAUUUAAAUUUAACAAUUAAAAUAUUCAGACAGGUCUGUAGAAAGCAUUUACUCUAAUGCGGACAUAAAAAUAAUAUUUCAUCAUUGUACUGCACUCACUGUUAAUAAUUUCUUUAUUCUUUUUCAAAGACCCGAAUUCUCGUGACCCAUGGAGUCCACUGGCUACCCCAGGUGGACAAAAUUGUUGUAAUGACUGAUGGACACAUAUCAGAAGUGGGCUCGUAUGAACAACUCUUAUCACACGAUGGAGACUUUGCUCAGUUCCUGAAGACGUACCUGACGCAGGACAACAGCGAUGAUGAGCAGGAGGAUCCAGAGAGUAAGAUUACCUUAAGAACUAUUGAACAUUCCUCACAACUUCACACGCUGUUCUGAAAAGUAAUGUUAAAAAAACAUUUCAUUUUUCUACAAUAAUAAUAAAAGUAAAAAUUGGCACUGUAACAGGUUCACAAGUAAAAGAUCAAUAGAAAGCGUUUAGUAAAAAGAAAAGGGGGCAAAAGGAUGCAACAGUUAAGAAAUGUUUUUUCCUUUUGAAGAGUUAGUGGGUUAAAAGCAUAAGAUUGGAGUAUUGACAAUAAUAAUUCUGUAUCUACAAAAUACUUGAAAAACUAGUUGAAUAAUUUAUUUUUUUUGCAGUUGCUGCAAUCAAAGCUCAGAUUCUUGAGAAGGUUGAAAAUGUGACUUCUGAUGUGACUUCUGGGGAUGAGAAAAUUAAAAGGUAACAUCACUCUUGAUCUUUACAUUUGUAUGAUUUAUGUUAGCAACUUAUGUUGUAAGGAGACAAUGUUUUUUUUUUUUUGUGAACUAAUUGUUGAUUUUGUUUAAACAGCUGUUUCCAGAUUCAUAAGCCUUAACCACCAUUUAAAUAUUCUAUUUAAAAUUAAAAAUACUUGGUCCAACCUGAUUCACGUGGCUUAAAAGAAAAAUAAAUAUUUUUGAAAAUACCCAAAUAAUUUGGUGAUUUCAUUUUAUUAAUGAUGUGGCAUUUAUUUGAAGACUAUUUGACUAUUUUUUACAAAGUAUGGCGUAACAUAAUUUUCCUAUAUCAUUGGCUAAGUUUUAAAUAUAAAGCAUUUGAUGAGCAGCUAAUCUUGACUUUGCUAUUCCAAAAGCCCUCAUAAGGCAGCGAGGCAAUAUAGUAGACAGUUGACCACAUCCUUGAAAGAGAAAGGUCCUAAAGAAUCUGCCCAGAAAGAAGAAAAGAAACCUAAAGCUGGCAUAGACUUGACAGAGGAAGAGAAGAGAGAAACUGGGACAGUAAGUCAGGCACAUCAGUGUUGAAUUUUGCGAUUCAUUGCUACUGGACUUAAAAUUUUAUGUCUUCAUAUUGAGUAAAAUUUUGUUCAUGUCAUUGAUUGACUCCUAAUUUAUAAUAUCUUGUAUUUUAGUUUAUGAAAUAUUCUGCCUUUCAAAACCUGAUAAAAUAAUUUUCAGUCAAUCUUUAAUUAUUCAUUGUUAAAUUACUAUGUUGAAUAGUAACCUUUUUUUGUUUGAAAGGACAAAUGUACAUUUUAGGGUAUUAAAAAAUGUAACUAUCAGUCCACCAGCCCACAGGCUGGUUUUUACUUUUUACACCAUUGCUUAACAUUAAAUCUUAAAUAAAUUUAUUCAUUUGUUUUUAAAAUAUGAAUUCAACUAUUCAUUUUGAAUAUUUAUUCAUUUUAGGUUAAGUAUUCUGUAUUCCUGGUGUACUUCAAGGCUAUCGGGUAUGGUGCCACCAUUUUCUUCUUUGCAUUCUUUGCGGCUUACCAAGGCGUGAAUGUUUACUCUAGCAUAUGGCUGUCAGACUGGACAGCUGAUGACAUACUUACAAACAGAAGCCUGGCCAACACCAGCAAGUACCAGGAUAGGAAUGAUUUGUACCUGGGUGUCUAUGGAGGUCUUGGAGCCGCUCAAGGUAAUGUUUUAAAUCAUAGGAACCUUAAAAAAAAAUCCUGCAUUAUCAAAGUCCAUAGUUUCAAAGUAGGCAAAGUAAUUAUUAAUUUAGCAGCAGUAUCUCUAAUUUUUAGCUCUGAAUAUUUUUUGCUGUCUGAAAUAUACACAAUUAUUUUAUCAGUAUCAAUAAAUUAAUCAACAUUUUUGUUUUAUAUUAGUUUAUCUGCUUAACCAAUGUAAUUGUAUGAAAUAAUAUUGCCCAAAUUAUAAUUAUUUAUUUUCCCUUUCUUCAUGGGUAGAGCCCAUGUGACGUUGUUCCUUGACAUGAUUAUAACAUUAGAUAGAAAUGAGCGAAAAAAAGUAGGGAAAACCCUGAAAAAAAAGAAUGCAACAAAAAAAGGAACAUUUCGGCAAGAAGCCUAAAUCGGCGAACAAACAGUAAAAACAGAAUUAAAUAAAAAUAACACCUAGCUGAAAUGUAGUAGCCCAGAGGACAGUAAGAGUAAAGUAGUUGUUUUGUUGCGUUUCUUAUUUCAGGUUUUACCAUACUUUGCUUCGCUCAUUUCCAUUUUUUUAACCUGAUUGCAGUCUCUCCUCCUUAUUUCCAUAGUAAAAUUAGAAUUGGUUUGAACAUUUUUAAACUUUCGUAUAAAUUCCAAAGGAAAUUGUGCUCAAAAUACAUAUUUUGUUUUCUUUCCCUCACAGCUGUCCUGAUAUUAUUUUACUCCCUGAUUGCCUCAAUAAGAAUGGUUAGAGCAGCGGGCAGCCUGCACAAUGGAAUGCUGGCUAACGUGCUACGGUCACCCAUGUCCUUCUUUGACACGACACCUUCUGGUAGGAUUGUCAACAGGUUCUCUGGAGAUGUGGAGACGGUGGACAAUACGCUGCCCCAGAUGUUCAGAAGUUGGAUGAAUACAUUCUUUGGAACACUGAGCACGAUCAUUGUUGUUAGUUACAGUACACCUAUCUUCAUGGUUGUCAUAGUGCCACUAGGAAUUUUAUAUUACCUUGUACAGGUAGGUGUAGAUUUAAAACAUGAUCCAUAUUUUUGUAUAAUCAGACCUGUUUACUCUUACGAUAUUGGCGUACAAUGUAUGAUUUUGAGGUGUAUACAUUAUGUAUACUGUAUGUUUAUUUUUUUAAUAUUAAGAUAAAUGUAUUGAACGAUUUUGUGAUGAUAUUGUACGAUUUUAAGAGUUUGAUGGUAAACAGGUCUGUAUAAUGCAUCUGAACAAGACUGCUUAUUGAUUAGUUUGUUAAAAGGGUCCAAUUAUCAGCCAGAAUACUGCACUGAGAUCUUUAUGACUUAAAGUUUUGCCCCAGACAUAAUUUUCAAAGAUCAUUACAUUGGGGCCUACAUAACUAUAUCGUAACCUCUAUUUACAAUAAUCAUUCUCAACUCUAAAAAUUUUGUUAUGUAAGCAAAAUACAAGCUAUACACUUUUAAAAAAAUAAUUGUUAAACAACAGCUUAAACUGAUGGUUCAAUUUUAAACAAACUAAUAAAAGGGUCCUCGUGGGAGAUGCUGAUCUUCUAUCGAGCGCCUCCCCAGCCGGCGGAUAGGGAAAAGCCCGCCAGAUAUGGAGGGUACCGGGUAAAUAAAAUACCCGGGGCGGACCAAAAUCAGCCCUACUGCCUUGUAGGAAGUGGAGGGAUCCACAAAGGCUAGGGACCUAACCCGAACAAAGGCAGCUACCCAUUGAGCUGUGAGGGGCAACCCCCCAAGUGGUUGUGCGCAAGGAAAAAAUCAUAGUUACAAAAGCACCGAAAAGAGUAACAAAAGACAUUUCAGUCCUGGGAGAGGAUGGAUUCCUUGAGGAGGAAAAUAUGACGCCUAAUAGUGAAAGCCGAAACCUGGAAGCUAUUAGGCCGACAACCAUCAUCUCUACCAGGACUACCACCGUCAUUGGCGCUUGGAAUGUCCGCACCAUGUACGAGGCUGGUAAAGCGGCACAAAUAGCCGCUGAGAUGAGGAACUAUAAGCUCACCAUUCUCGGAAUUAGUGAAGCAAGAUGGACUGGAUGGGGACAGAAGAGAUUAAUCUCAGGAGAGAUGGUGAUAUUUUCGGGACACGAAGAAGACAAUGCCCCACAUACCCUGGGUGUUGCUAUGAUGCUAUCAAGGGCAGCACAAGGAGCACUCAUUGGAUGGGAGGCCCAUGGACCUAGAAUUCUUUUAGUAACCUUUCGAACAAAGAAACGUAGCAUCAACCUAGAUGUUAUACAAUGCUACGCACCAACUAAUGAAAGUGAUGAAGGAGACAAAGAAGAAUUCUACAAUAGAGUAAUGACCAUAGUCCAGGGUCGCCCACGGAGGAACAUCGUCAUCCUCAUGGGAGACUUUAAUGCCAAGAUCGGCAAUAGCAACACAGGGUACGAAGAGGUUAUGGGACAGCAAGGGAUAGGCGAGAUGAACGACAAUGGUGAGAGGUUUGCGGACCUAUGUGCCACAGCUGACCUGGUCAUAGGGGGGAGCAUUUUCCAGCACAAGAGGAUUCACAAAGCUACAUGGGUCUCUCCGGACAUGAGAACGAUGAACCAAAUAGACCAUGUAUGUAUUUGUAAAAAAUUCAGGCGAUCUCUCCAAGACGUACGUGUUAAGAGGGGAGCUGAUAUUGCCUCAGAUCACCAUCUUCUUGUGGCCAGGAUGAAAUUAAAACUAAAGAGACAUUAUACCGAGCAAACAGCAUACAGGACUCGGUAUAAUACCUCCCUCCUGAAGGACCAAGCCAAAAAGGAAGAAUUCAGAAUCUCACUAUUCAAUAAGUUCCAAGUCCUACAAGAAAUACUUGAAGAUGAAACCACCGAAGGAAAGUGGCAAAGCAUGAAAGAAACAGUCCAGUCAACAUGUCAAGAAGUGCUAGGAAACAGGAAAAAGGCACACAAAGAAUGGAUGACAGCAGGUACGCUGAAUAAAAUAGAAGAAAGGAAAAGAAAGAAAUCAGAAGUGAAUAACAGCCGCACCCGAGCACAGAAAAACAAGUCCCAGAAGGAGUAUGCAGAUGCAAAUAAGGAAGUUAAGAAAAGCAUCAAGAGGGACAAGAAGGAAUUUGUUGAUAAACUUGCUAAAGAAGCAGAGGAUGCAGCUCACCAGGGGAACAUGAGGGAACUGUUUGAUACCAUUAAGACGCUGUCAGGGAAAUUUAGCAAGGUAGAGAGACCAGUGAAGGACAAAAUGGGAAACACCAUACCAAGUGAGGAGCAACAGAGAGGGAGAUGGAAGGAGCACUUUGAAGAGCUCCUGAACAGGCCUGAACCAAGAAAUCCACCAGAUAUCCAACCAGCCGAUAAUGACCUGCUAAUUGACUGUAAUAGUCCCACCAAAGAAGAGAUUAGCAGGGCCAUUAAACAACUCAGAAAUGGAAAGGCUGCGGGACCUGAUGGCAUCCCAGCAGAGGCACUGAAGGCGGACCUGGAAACCAGUGUGGAAAUGCUACACCCUCUGUUUAUGAAGAUAUGGGAAGAGGAGCAAGUUCCUUCCGAUUGGAAAGAGGGAUACCUUAUCAAGAUCCCAAAGAAGGGAGACUUAAGCUCCUGCUCGAACUACAGAGGGAUCACCCUGCUGUCCAUCCCAGGAAAGGUUUUCAACCGUGUACUACUUAACAGGAUGAAAAACGCUGUAGACCCUCUGUUGCGGGACGAACAAGCCGGCUUUCGCACCAACAGAUCCUGCACGGACCAGAUAGCGACACUGCGCAUCAUUCUAGAGCAGUCACUAGAGUGGAACUCGCCGCUCUAUGUCAACUUUGUUGACUAUGAAAAAGCCUUCGACAGUGUUGACAGGCAAACCCUGUGGAGAUUGCUAAGGCAUUACGGGGUGCCACAGAAGAUUACUGAUAUAAUCAGAAACAUGUACGAAGGGAUAAACUGCCGAGUUAUCCAUGGCCAGCAGUUGACAGAUGCUUUCCAGGUGAAGACUGGUGUGAGACAAGGUUGCUUGCUGUCACCAUUCCUCUUCCUGUUAGCCAUUGACUGGGUGAUGAAAACAUCUACACAGCAGAAAAGAAAUGGCAUCCAAUGGACCUUGUGGGAUCAACUGGAUGAUCUUGACUUUGCUGAUGAUCUUGCACUUCUUGCACAUACCCAACAACAGAUGCAGGAGAAAACAAACAUUGUCGCAGCCACUUCUGCUAGCAUGGGUCUCAACAUUCACAAAGGGAAGAGUAAAAUCCUCAAGGUUAAUGCCACCAGUACAUCACCCAUUAUGCUUGAAGGAGAAGCCCUUGAGGAGGUGGACAGUUUUGUUUACCUUGGCAGCAUGGUAGAUAAACAAGGUGGUACAGAUGCGGACGUCAAAAUAAGGAUAGGAAAAGCAAGAGCAGCCUUCCAACAACUCAAGAAUGUUUGGGUCUCUAACAACUUAGGCAGCAAGUUAAAAGUAAGGAUUUUUAACGCUAUGGUAAAACCUGUGCUGCUAUAUGGAGCCGAGACAUGGAGAACAACGGCCGUAAACCUGACCAGAAUCCAGUCCUUCAUCAACAACUGUCUAAGAAGGAUUCUCAGAAUUCACUGGCCAGACAAAAUCAGCAACCAGGAACUGUGGCAGCGGACAAAACAGAAACCCAUUGAGGAAGAGAUUCUCCAGAAGCGGUGGAGGUGGAUUGGUCAUACACUAAGAAAACCUGCUUCUAACACAACAAAGCAAGCCCUGAAAUGGAACCCACAGGGUAAGCGGAAAAGAGGCCGUCCAAGAAACACUUGGCGCCGAGAAUUGGAGACAGACAUCAAGAAAAUUGGCCAUGAAUGGAAGAUCCUGGAGAAGCUGGCCCAGGAUAGAGAUGCCUGGAGGUCUCUCGUAGGUGGCCUAUGCCCUUGGAGGAACCGCAGACGCCGACGGUGAUCGGUGGAUGCCCCUCAUGGACGAGAAGGUUCAACAAUAAAAGGGUCAAAUAUUUUUAGUCUCUCCUCACCAUUAAGCCUAAUGAUCAGUGUUAACGGUGUUAAUGUUAACUUCAUGGAUUGUUUCGUUGAGUAAUAUGAAAUAAUUAAGGUGGUCAUAGCCGAUUUCGAUUGAUGACUGAUAUAUAAUUAUAUUAUAUAUAAUUAUAAAAUAUAUUUACCAUUACAUUUAUAUAUAUAUAUCGAAAUCAUUUUUAAGAAGAAGAAAAAAAAAUUAAUUUAACUUUAUUCUGUAUUUUAGAGAUUUUACAUUCCCACAUCACGACAACUGAAACGAAUAGAAUCUACCACAAGAUCUCCAAUUUUUACACACUUUAGUGAAACCAUUACUGGAGCCACUUCUAUAAGGUAAAAUAUCUAGCAUUGUGUUGCAACACAUGCACUUGCAUAAGGUUAGACAUUCAAAAGUGUUUGAUAAAUCACCCACUCAAUAAAGGACAGAUUUGGCACCAGUGGUAUGGGCUAUUCAGUGUGCAUGACACUUCACCGCUGACUGAAAAUCAGAAUUUAUUAAAAACUUUGUCAUUAUUUGAUCUUUACAAUUUGUUAAACAGGGCAUAUAAAGCCAGCACAAGGUUCAUGGAGGAGUCCCAGUCAAGAGUUGAUAAGAACUUGGUUUUCUACUUUGGUGGAAUAGCCUCAAACAGGUUGGUUAAAAAACUGAAAGCACUCUGUCAUAAUAUGUAUAAAAUAGAAUUAAUUUUAUUCACAAAGUUGUGUUGUUAGCAACGGCUUCUUGUAUAAAAAGGUUUACAAAGUUACUUAAAUCAUAAUCUUACUUACAAGUGGCUGGCUACCAGACUGGAGUUUCUGGGAAAUUUUGUUGUAUUGUUAAAAAAUUUUGUUAAAAAACUGAAAGCACUCUGUCAUAAUAUGUAUAAAAUAGAAUUAAUUUUAUUCACAAAGUUGUGUUGUCAGCAACGGCUUCUUGUAUAAAAAGGUUUACAAAGUUACUUAAAUCAUAAUCUUACUUACAGGUGGCUGGCUACCAGACUGGAGUUUCUGGGAAAUUUUGUUGUAUUGGCAGCAGCAAUGUUUGCAGUUGUAUCAGAUGACAUCAAUGCCAGUUUGGUGGGCCUGUCUGUCUCAUAUGCUUUGCAAGUAAGUCUCUCUUCUCAGUUAUUGUAAGGUUAUGUUAGAAUAGUUCACAAGGCCUGUAAGAAGUCUGAUUUAUGUUAUGUAAAUGUAACAAAUAGACCCUCUUUUGGUUUUCAUAAAUAGCAUUUAUAAUGUGUCAUUAAGGCAUGAUAAAUUAUGUUUUUUAUAGUAAUAAAGUGGAUUUUAAAAUUAUGGUUUAAAAAGGAAAAGAUUUUCAUGCAACAUGCCUCUUGAUGAAAUGCAAUUUAACUUUUUCUUUCAAUAAAUUUGUUGUCUUAAGUCAAUUUUAAAUUCUUUAAUAAUUAUAAAGCAAAAACUGUAUGGAUAUUGUUUUUUUUUACUGUAGGUAACAGGAGGUUUAAAUUGGAUGGUGAGAAUGACCUCUGACCUUGAAACUAAUAUUGUUUCAGUGGAGAGAAUAAAAGAAUACACAGAAACCCCAUCAGAGGUAAGUGAUAAAAUGCUACAGGGGUUUAAAAUUAACUUUUUAACAGCAUUGCGACCUCUCUUGAUUUCAGAAUGUUUUAUGCUCACCCCAUCUCAAUUUCUAAACAUAUUUCCAUCCUCCCCCUAGGUUAAGAAAUAUUAAUAAAAAUGCAAAUAAACCUGAUUUUCUGGGUCUGGUUAAGAAACUCUGACAUACCAUACAUACAUCCUUCUGUCUUUUUGAGAUGAUGGUAUCGCCUUCUUUAAAAUGUGCACAUUGAUUGCCAUGAGGCCGAUCCUGGAAUGAAGCAUGAACUGCUCAUCUCCCAGGAGAACCUUAGCUUCUGAUUUUGUUUUGCAGUUCAUAUCUCUCAUAUUGCUCUAAGUAUAUGCAUAUGUGUUCAUGCACUCACAUAUGAUUAGUUUAGAUGAAUCCUCUCUAAUACUUUUAAAAUGAACUGACAUCUGCACAGGGUCUCAGCACAGUUAACAUUGUUUAUGUAUUUAUGGCUUUAUAUUAGAGUAAGUAAAAUAUUCAUAAAAUGAAAUUUUAAAGGCUCAUAUCCAUUUUUCUUUUUAGGCUGCCUGGGUAAACCCAUUCAAAAGACCACUUGCCAGUUGGCCACAGGAAGGUGCCGUCAACUUCAUUAAUUACAAAACUCGCUACCGAACUGGGCUCGAUCUGGUCCUCAAAGGGCUUAACUGUCAAAUCAAGGGGGGUGAAAAGGUAUAUGAUUUUCAAUCAGGAAGCUUCUUAAGCUCCAGAAGAAUGUAAGAUUAAUUGAAUUUCUAUUCAUUCUAGCAUAAAUAUUUGUAGAAAUAAAAUUAAGAAUUAUUUUUUUCCUUUUAAGAUUAACACUAUCUUAAAAAUAAAUGUUGCACUACCUACAUAUAAGAGAAUCAUGGUGCAGCAAACUGCUGUGAUGGAUCAUGAUCAAUGACAUCAGAACAAGGGACGUCACAGAACAGUAUGGUAAAGACACAAAAAGGGAAGAGCAAUUUCCCUUUCAACAUAAUAAUGUGAACCAUCAAUACAGUCAUUGAUUAAAACAGCAUUCACAAGAUUACUCAAGCAUUUUAGAUCAAAAAACUUUCCUGAAAAUAGCUACAAAAAAAUCCAAACUAAUACACACCUAAGCAAUACAAGAAUAAAAAUAUAUAUAUAUUUCUAAUUUGAUGACUAGGUUGGCAUUGUGGGGCGUACAGGUGCAGGAAAGUCAUCAAUGACAGUGGCUCUGUUCCGUCUGAUAGAAGCAGCAAGUGGCAGUAUCAUGAUUGACAACACUGCAAUCAGUGACAUUGGACUACAUGAUCUUAGAUCAAAAAUAACAAUUUUACCUCAGGUAAGGUUUGGUUAUUUGAUAAUUCUAUACAAUGAUUGAUUCAGGGAAUGGUUGUCAGGUUUUUUUUUUCUUAACCACCUCUGAUAAGUCAGUGAUAAAUUGUUUUGAAGUAGAUAAAUUAUCAUUCUUUUUAUAUUAUUAACUACAUAAUGGAGCUAUUUUUUAUUAUUCAGUACAAAAAAUAGCAUUAUAUUGGUAUUGUUCAGUUAAUAAUGUAACUUUUUAAAAUGUGUUUAUUAUCCCUCAAACUGUUCUUAGGAAUUUAAAAUAACAUGUUAAAGUUUUUCAUUAAAUUUUAAAAAUAACAAAAAUUAUUACAAAUUUAUUUUCGUAUUUAAAAUGUUAUAGAAACUAAAAAAAUAAUACUAUUUUCAUACAUUUGAAACAUUAUGAUUCUGCUAGGACCCAGUGUUAUUUGCCGGCACACUCAGGAUGAACCUUGACCCAUUUGAUUCUUACACUGACGAUCUGAUCUGGCGGGCCCUGGAACACGCACACUUGAAGACGUUUGUGGAGGAAGUUCCUGGCGGACUGUCUUAUGACUGUGGGGAGGGGGGACAAAAUCUGAGGUAAUGCAUGACUGGCACAUUAAGGAAAUAUAAGUGACUUAUUGUUUAACACGGAGUGUUUGAUAUCUAUUUGAGCAGAGAGGAUUUUUUUUUAAUAGUGUCUUAUCAUAUUAUCAACAUCAUUUCAUUAUUAUAUAUACUGGUAUUGGUUAAUGUUUAAUUAGAGCAUUAAAUGGUGUAAACAUUUUAUGAACAUUCAACUAACAAAAUUUCUGUUCUUUUUAAAAAAUUACUUUAUAAUGUGUUCCCCUGUCAGCUUAUCUAUUAAUACUAGCAUCAUUUUAUUUUUAAAAAAUUUAUUUUUAGUAUCAGUAUGACCUCCUCUCUUUAUUUAGAACAAUUUAAGUCACUAUUUGCAUUUAUCGACAUCUUAUAACUCGUACCAUUUGUAUAUGUUUCCCCCACUCCAGUGUCGGACAGAGGCAGCUUGUCUGCCUGGCCAGAUCCUUGCUGCGUAAGACCAAAAUCUUGGUCUUGGAUGAAGCCACGGCUGCUGUCGACAUGGAAACAGAUGACCUCAUUCAGAAAACCAUUAGGACAGAGUUUAAAGACUGCACAGUUCUAACCAUUGCCCAUAGACUCAACACAAUAAUGGACUAUGACAGGUAAGAAUAACUAGAAAGUUGACAACAAAAACUAUGAUCCUUGGACACAAGCUAUAUGGCUUAAGUUGUACAAAUUAUGGUUUUCCAUGUCAUUUACAUUUGAUCACCACUGGAAUAUAAGAUGUUUCUUUUUUUAUAAUUCUGGAUAAAGCUGUAGGAAAGAAUGUUAUAAAAAUUGAAAAUCAGUUCUAAUUUCAUAGUAUACAAGAUUGAUAAAACUUUGCAUUUGACUUCAUGGCAUUUUUUUUUUUUUAGCUUUAUAUGCAAUGGGACAACUAUUGUAAACAUUUUUAAAGGAUUUAUAAUAGUGUUUGAUUUUACUAUGACUGUUGCUAAAAUGUAGUAAUUGUUCUGAAAGUUUGUGUCAUACAUCAUCUAGCAUCUGAAAGUUAUAGCAUUCAUUUAAUUAUUUAUUAUUAUAUGUAAUUGUUGUAUUUAUUGCAUGUCAAGUUUCUGUAAUGAUUUGACAUAAAAAACCAGUUGUUUUUGUCACAAUUUACAUUUUUGUUUAAACACCUGUUUCUACAUUAUCUGACAAUACUGUAUUGGGGAGAAUAAGACCCUUUCUUUUAUUUUCAGCCAUUUUUUUCUACUUACUACACAUUUCAAUUUACUCUCACACAGAAUCAUGGUGCUGGACCAGGGAGAAAUAAAAGAGCUAGAUUCACCAGCUGCAUUACUGGAGAACAAAAAUUCUCUCUUUUAUGCCAUGGCUAAAGAUGCUAAUUUGGUCUGACAGCUUUUCAGAGAGACAGAAUUUAGUUUGACAACUUUAGAGAUGAGAUUUGGUCUGACAGCUUUACAAUGAGUCAAGAUUUGGUUUGACACUUUUAAAGCAGGGAAAGAUUUGGUUGGACAGCUUUACAGCGAGACAAGUAAAGACUCCAAUAGGAUUAUUAGUUGUUUUUUUCAUUGGAUUUUUACUGUUGAAUAGAUCUUAAUUUAAUUGUUUACUGGUCAUUGGAAAUAAAUUACAAUUGCUCAACAAUAAUGCCUAAUGAUAUGUAUAAAAACAAAGAAAACUAAUUUUUCAGAUCAAACUAAUUUUUUAAAAAACAAACUAAUAUUCUUAGUUUCUGGGUUGUUUUUUUUUUAAACUUUAAAAGAUUACUUUGUUUAUCUGGAAGUUUAAUUUAGCAAAAAGAAUUUUUGUUUAUUCUAAAUUCAGAAAUAGUGUAAAUGUAUAAUUUGCAGGGUAAAAUUAAAAAAUUUUUUUAUUUCAAAUUGUUGAUAAGUUUAAAACAAGUUUAUACAAGUCUAAAAAGUGAAGUGCCAAACUCUUAUAAGAUCUAGAAAUCCUUUAAGAAUUAUUAGGAUUUCUAGAUCUAAUAAGUGUUUUCAAGAUAGAACUAAUGAUAUUUUUUAAAAAUGAUAAUUUCAGGGAUUUUUGUGAUUUCCACAGCAUUUUUGAAGUGUAAAGAGUGGAAAAAAUUGUUGCUUAACACUAAAUUUUUUUUUAAUUUGUGAGAUCCUACCCAAUAGUUGCAUUAAGUUUAUUUAUCUAAAUGUAUACUGUGAAUCAGAGCUCAAAAAAUCAAGAGUGCUAAUAAAUCAAAAUACAGGAAGAAUAGAAAAUUCUUCAAAAUUAAAAACUGUUUAAAGAAUGUUCAAUAUUUAAUAUAAGAGGUACUGGUACUUAAAAUAAAAAUGAAAAUUAAUUUUCACAAAAGUUGUCAUAAAAUGCCAUAAUAUACCAAUAUAUAUACAUAUAUAUAUAUUCAUUUGAAAAAGAAAUCUGUUUAGUAUGUGGACACAACUAGAACAAUUUUCAGGGCC